AUGGCUGCCCUCAUCGAGCUUUCGGGCCGCUUCCAGAGCCCGUUUAUUCCUCUGCUUGCUGCCCUUCUCAUACUUCUAACGGUGAUGAACUACCGCUCAUGGAACCGUCUCAGGCAUAUUCCUGGACCGCCAGGUGCUGCCUUCAGCAAAUGGUGGAUGCUACGUAACACACUGGGUGGGCAGAUGCAUCUCGCCCUCAAGCGAGCCUGUGAUGACUACGGCCCGGUCGUCCGCAUUGGUCCCAACGACUUGGUAACCAAUGACGCGGAACUGCUUCGUCGGAUGUGGGCGGUUCGUUCGCCAUAUCGCAAGGGCGCCUGGUAUCAGGCCGUCAGAUUCGAUCCUACCAGGGACAACAUCAUCUCUAUGAGAAACGAUCAUGACCACAAUGAACUCAGAGCCAAGAUGGCCAUUGGUUACUCUGGCAAGGAAAAUGAGGGUCUUGAGUCCACCGUCGACAUUCAAAUACAGUCACUCGUCCGGCUCAUUGAGGAGAAAUAUGUGUCCACUGCUGUCAACUUCCGACCUGUGGAUUUGUGCAGGAAGAUUCAGUACCUCACAUUGGAUAUAAUCACAUCGCUCGCGUUUGGCUAUCACUUCGGGUACCUCGAGCAAGAUGCCGACGUUCACCGAUACAUCCAGAUGACCGAGGAGAGCAUGCCAGUCAUGAUGACACUCACCGUGUUCCCUCAACUGGCAAAACUGCUUCAGUCGCCCCUUUUCCGCCGGGCAAUGCCCUCGGAGCAUGACCGCGUGGGUUUUGGCCAGUUCAUCGCCGUCGCGAAGAGGGUUGUCGCAGAAAGGCUUAUGUCAGACAAAACGGUGAAACGGCGGGACAUGUUAGGGUCCUUCCUUGCACAUGGCCUGACCAGAGAGGAGGCUGAGGCGGGUGACCUUCGCUACUUGCAAGCUGUGAUCAAGGAAGGCUUGCGUGUGUUUCCUCCGGUCACCGGCCUCAUGUCGGCAACAGUGCCCAAGGGAGGUGAUUUCAUGCAUGGCAUGAGUAUACCCGAAGGAGCUGAUAUUGGUUGGACUGCCUUCGGAGUGCUCCGCUCCAAAACGGUAUACGGCCCAGACGCCGACGUGUUCCGGCCGGAACGCUGGUUAGAGGCCGAAGAUGAUCAACUCAAAUCCAUGACGGCGCAAUGGGAACUGGUCUUCAAGUACGGCAAGUGGCAGUGUCUGGGGAAGACGGUGGCCCUAUUGGAGAUGAACAAAGUGUUCGUUGAACUCUUACGGCGAUUCGACUUUGCCCUGACGGACCCUACCAAAUCAUGGAACUCGUUCUCAGCUGGAAUCUUUAUCCAGUCUGGCCUAUGGGUUAGAGUGAGCAGAGUGGAGUAG